CUUCCAAUCCUGGAGAGAGACAGAGAGGGAGAAAGAAGGGGAGGCAUCGCGUCGUCCAUCGAGAGCGCGGCGGAGGAGGCGGAGGAGGAGCAUCCAUGGCCGCGGUGGUUCGGAGCGUGAUGCAGGGCAUCAAGGAGAAGGGCCUCACCGGCUUCCUCCGUUACGCCCGCGACGAGGGAUACCUAAAAUGCCUUGGGGAUGGAAACCUAUUGCAAACAAAAAUUCACAACAUUGGCGCAACCCUUGUAGGAGUUGACAGUUUUGGAAACAAAUACUAUGAGAAAACACAUGACACUCAGUAUGGAAGGCAUAGGUGGGUAGAGUAUGCGGAGAAGGGUCGCUACAAUGCAUCCCAAGUGCCUGCUGAAUGGCAUGGAUGGCUGCACCACAUUACAGAUAGCACUGGGGAUAAGCUCUUGGAGGAGAAGACUAAAAAGUAUAUUAGGGAGCACAGACAGAACUACACUGGACAGGGUGAUGACUUGAUCUACCACUCCAAGGGGCAUGCGCUAAACCCAGGACAAAGGGACUGGACAAGGUACCAGCCUUGGGAACCAAAGAAAGAAGAGGCGUCCUGAACUGAAUGGUACCCAGUAAUCCUCUUUGUGUUUUGUUGUCAGCGAUUGGUGCUGCGGAUCUGAAUCCGUCGCUCAGCUUGGUUUCAUGUACUGGAUCUAAAUAAUGUAUGCGGUAUAGAAUACCUGUCCUGAGCCCUGAACAGUUUUAAUCCUUGCCUGGAUAUAUGCCAAAAAAUUAAAAACUGGCGAUUUGAUCGUCUGUGUUUGAAUUUAAGGAUUUUGUGUGGAUAUUGAGACCGAAAAUUGUUGCCGUUGUGUAGUUUUUAUACUCCCUCCGAACCAUGACAAGUGUCUUAAAUUUAGUACAACUUAUUUGAU